CGGGUCACGUGACAGUCCCCCUCAUCGCCUCGUCCGCCGGAGGAUCGUCUCUUGUCCACGUCGCCGCACACGAUGACCAAACUGCAAUUUCUGAACGUGUUCCUGACGGAGCGGCUCAUGCUCGCCGCCCAGGAGAUCUACAAGUCUGUGGAGGACACCAUCCUGGAGUACCAGGAGGAGAUCGCGAUCCGAGAGCGCGAGAACGACUACCUGAGGCGACGGCUGAGAGACGCGGGGAUGGAAGUGUGGCCAGAUCGUCCAUCAAUGGCUCUUCUGGAGGAGGAGGAUGGCGAACAUCCACGGCGAGAGUGGAGUCCCAGCAUGGGUCACGAGGAGCGAGUCCCUCUUCAGAUCAAGGACAAACGAGACCCAGGAGGCAGCCAGAUUCGCGGACACUGCAGCGCCUCAGAAAACAUGUUCCCACCCGCACGGCUCGCUAACGACUACACGCCGGACGUUCCUCAGACCUCCAACCUGCCGCAGAACCCCGGGGUGGAGAACAGCGAACGGGAUCCUGGGGGCCGCGGCAUGGUGCGACACGUGAAGGCCGAGGCCGGAGGCGUCCACAGAAACACUGCUGCUGCCGCUGCGAACAGCAGCGCGCAGCCUCUCGCGCCUGUCAACCCAAACUGCCCGAAUGAGAACAACAUCAUCAGCGGGGACAGUGGAGGCCAGAUGAAAGGCACGGCUGUCAGCAGAGGGCCGGCGCCUCAGAUGCGCGGCCAGCCGACCAACGUGGACUGCCCGCAUCAGAAAUCUCCACUGCAAGGCAACAUGGCGUCUUUCAGCUGCAAGGUAUGUGGCGAGGCCUUCAGUCACAUCGGACAUUUGCACGUCCAUGUUCAAGUGCACACGCGGGAGAAGCCGUACCGCUGCGGCGUAUGUGGGAAGUGCUGCAGCUCCUCCGGCCGCCUGCAGGAGCACCAGCGGAGCCACACCGGGGAGAAGCCCUUCCGCUGCCAGAUCUGUGGGAACGGCUUCACGCAGAUGGCUCACCUGAAGGUCCACAUGAGGAUCCACACCGGAGAGAAGCCGUACAGCUGCCCGGUGUGCGGCAAGUGCUUCAGUCGCUCCGACAAAAUCAAGAGGCACCUGCAGACACACAACCGCGAGGGCUCCUACUUCCCGGGACAAUGACGCUGACUGAGCUUGCGAGUGGUGGCUGUGCACACGCUUCUGACCGGUGACGUCACUGCCUGUCCUAACCCCCACCCCCACCAGCACAGUGGUUCCGAUCUUGAGUUUGAGUUGGCCAGUUUAGUCAUUUUCAUGAUUUAUAUUCGUCCUGGAGGAUCAAACUAGCGAGUCAUUAGUUAGCCUUAAUGAACGUCCGGUUUCAUUUAGUAUCUGGAGAUGAAGUCUUCCACACAUCUGGAGCCUCAAAUCUUGGCAUAUUUUUUUCACUCGGACGACACAAACCAAACAAUAUUUCCUGACCAGCUGAAGUUUUUCAAAAGGCCAAACUAAAAAACGGUGUAUUUUGAAGCUCUGAAGCUGCCUGCUUGCAGAAGGUGUCGUGAUAAACGUUCUCAGCCGAGUCGUUGCCUUCCAUCCGUCCUUAGCUCCUGAUUUUGAGUUUUCCAGUUGAAGCGAACACAGCUUGAGCUCACGGUCAUGCAAAUUGGAUCAUUUAGCUCAGUCUACACUGCAUGUUUCCCCUCUUUAGUGUCAGUCACCCAUUUUUGCUUUCAGAUUGUCUCCUCCUGCAUCACCUAGUAAGAGUCAGCCAAUCGUAGAAGCCAUUGGGGCUGAUGCGUUCAGGUGCCUCCUGAACUGUAGCUGACAAACAUCAUGACUGAAAAGCAUAGAGAACUGUGACUGACUGCUUGAACCAGGAAGGAAUUAAUCAGUAAAAGGGUUCAGAUACCUAAAGUGGCUGUUGAGCUGAGUGAGUGUGCAUGAAUCCCUACUGCACCUGAAUGCAUCAGACCUAACCAGCUUCUGUGCGUUACAUGAUCUGUCUGUAAAAACUCAUGUGCUGCCUUACGUGACACAGUGCCGACCCGGUGCCGGCACCACGCUUGCCGACAGAGCACAAGUGCUCCAUGUGGUCAUUUUACACAAGUGUUAGCAUGUUUAUUUUCAUGCACAUCAUGGUUUUGUGAAGGGGUCGUGUAUCUGAGCCAUCACAGUGGGAUCUCUGCAUCCACUGUCUUCCUCGCUUUGUGAUGGAUUUUGAGCCAGCACCCAUUUUUCCUCUCAGGACUUGAACUCUUCCAACAGACUCAGGGUUUGAUCAGUCGCACAUGAUCACUCAGCGUCCAUCAUCCCGCGGAGGGACUCACUUUCAGCAUGUCUGGAGCUCAACUGUACAGUGUUGUGGAUAUAAAUGUUAUUUUUAAUAAAGUAGCACUGACACCU